AAGAGCGUCCCGCGUCUCAAUAUGGACAUGUGGCCACUGGUGCUCCUGCUUGUCCAGCUCUGCCUCUGCUCAGGGUAUGAAGGCUCAGGACAGUACGCCUAUGGAGACGAUGAAGACUGGUAUUCACGUAGAUACAAAGGGACCCCGUGGUGCGCGCCCAUCAAGCUGAAGCACGGCGACGUGAGCUGCCGCACCCCCAGAGGCGAGCACUACAAGAACGUGAUGGGGGCGCGGUGUAAGAUCCGCUGCAAGAGGGGCUACGAGGCCGAGAGCUCGGAGGUGGUGUGCAUGGCCAGCAAACACUGGUCUGCUAACUACGCCUGCCGAGAGAUCCGCUGUCCGAAGCUGAACAUGCCUCCUAACGGGGGCUACAAGUGCUCCGACGGCUCCUACUUCAACUCUCGCUGCGAGUUCUUCUGCUCUCCUGGAUACACCCUGAAGGGCCCGAAGACCGCCGUCUGCCAGCACAACAGGGCCUGGAGCGCUGGAGACGGCACCUGCGUUGAUGUGGACGCUCCAGUGAUCAAGUGUCCUAAUCUGAAGGAUAAGUGGGCAGAGCCGGGGAAGCUGACCGCCAGGGUGACUUGGGACACCCCAGAGGGCGUCGACACCGCAGACGGCAUCCUUACAGAUGUCAUCCUAAAGGGCAAGCCAUCAAAAUCGGACUUCCCAGAGGGGCUCCAUAAGAUGUCGUACACUGUGUUUGACCGCGCGGGGAACAAAGGAUCUUGCCGUUUCUCUGUCAGAGUGCGAGUGCGCCGCUGCGGCCCCCUGUUCCCUCCAGACAACGGCUACAUGAAGUGCGACAGCGACGCCGACAACUACGGCGCCACCUGCGAGUUCAAAUGCACCGGCGGCUUCGAGCUCCAGGGCAGCGCAGCCAGGGUGUGCCAGUACGGACUCACCUGGUCUGGCACUGACACAAGCUGUGCUCCCAUGAACAUUAACGUGGGCGUGCGUACGGCCGCGGCGCUGCUGGACCAGUUCUAUGAGAAGCGUCGGCUCCUCAUCAUCUCCGCCCCGACGGCAGCCAAUCACUACUACCGCUUCCAGAUGACCAACUUACAGCAUGCCCAGUGUGGUUUGGACCUGAGGCAUGUGACAGUGAUAGAGCUGGUUGGGACCUACCCAGCACAAAUCGGUCGUAUUCGACACAGGCUUCUGCCCCCAGGGCUGGCAAUGCAACUCAGGUUACUCCUCCGGAUCCCGCAGAGGUCCUUCAACAUGGUGCUGGUAGACAAGCAGGGCAUAGACAAGCAGCGCUACACGUUCCCCAUCACGUCGGCCGAAAUCUUCACCACCAUCGACACCUUCCCCAUCCGGAAGGACGAGAUGGUGCUGCAGCAGGAGGCGGGGCAGACCUGUCAAUCAUAAAACACCCCCCCGUCUGCGGUGUGCAUCCAUGUACUGUCACCAGCAAUGUGCCAGACCACCGUGAUCCUUUCCUGCUCAGUCACAGGAGACAGUACAUCAAAACAUCCACCUGCCUCAACUCAUGUCUCAUUCAGUCUUGAAUCUAUUAGCUGCAUCUGCAUGUGUGUGUGUUGUGUGUGUGUUGUGUGUGUGUGUUGUGUGUGUGUGUGUGUGUGUGUGUGUGUGUGUGUGAGGACUGAGCUUAAACAUGCUGUUUAUUUUAAGUUUUGCAGGCAAAAAUGAGGCAAAAAAGGUUUAUUGAAUCCAAAGAGGUCACCACAUUACAAUCAUAUUGAUUCCUGUGUCUUGUCUAUCUGUAUGUUAUUUUUAUUAUUAUUAUUAUUAUUCUCAAAGCAGAAAUGUGUUUCAUUAUUUUGUACAAAAAAACAUUCUUACAUUUUUUUAUGUAUGAAACUGGAAAAGCCUUCACCUCUUUAAUAUUUAUGUCUCACUCUUCCAGUAGUGAUGUAUUCAGACACUCUUUGUGCGUAUGUACGGUGUGUGUCAGUUUGCUGUACGU